CUAUCUAUCUAUCUAUCUAUCUAUCUAUCUAUGUAAUAUUCUGUAUAGCGCCUUUCUCACCUAUUUAUUGUACUCCUGUCAUUGAUUGUUGUCUUUCACCUCCCUUUUUUCCCAGAGGACACCUGCACUCUGGUAAGCUUCUUGGGGUGCCAGUCUGAAUUUUGGGGGUCCUGCUUUCCUCCGUAUAUUCCAGCUGAUCCCAGAGUACUGACAGAGCUGCAUUAUUAAAGCUUUGUUUACAGUUUUGCUGAAGGAGGACCCCCUGAUUUUUUGGGACCCUUGGGUUUAAUCCUGCUCUCCCAAAUGAGGGUCUUUGUGCCAUUGUGUCAUGUACCUUAUAAGAAGGACUUUAGGUGGGUGGCUCCUGUGUCCCUAGAGACUUCAACAAUGAAAUCAGAGCCCCUCAGGUUUGCGCCAUAGACAGGCCCACCCCCAGUGCUUGUGCCCAUCUGUAGUUUACAGUUGUUGCAAUGCCAGGGUCCUGCACCAGGAUAAUUGAAGGUCUGUGCUUUUCAGGUCUUAGCAGGUGGCACCCUGGGCAGAGAUGGCACUGGGGGCACUGGGCACUUGCUGGCUAUGACAUUGACAUUAAGCCCCAGUUUUUCAAUAUGACCAGAGACCCCCAUGGAAGCCAAUGGGGCAGAAAGGCAGUGACGUGAAGACCAGGCCUGGCUGUGUGGGGUCUUGGGGGUCUUUGUUUUCUGUGUUGUUUUUCUCUUUUACUCUCUCCUCUUCAAAUCCAUAAGUGCUUCAGCAUCAACACCCUCAAGUGACAACGAAGCCUCAGAGAGGACACAGUGGACGAGAUGUGCAGACUGGCAUUAUGAGCUCAUGGAUGACGUGAAACCUCCAGUGACAUUCAGUGGGAGCUCAUCGGAAGCUGGGCGAAGACACCGCCGCUGACCCCGUCGUCCAAGACCGGAACGUGGAGUUCGCCAUGAAGUGCAGCGCCAUCGUCAGCGACGUCCGAUACAAAGAGGACUACGAGAGGUCCAAGGACAAGUUCUCCUUUGUACCCGAUGCCCCCUACUUUCAGCACGUCAAGCAGCUUGGCACGCUGCUCUCCGAGGCCAAAUACAAGGAGUCCUGUAAGAAGGAGCUUGCUGACUGUCUUUAUGCCCGCUUGACCGAAACGGCCGAGACCCAACUGGCCAAGGAGCUGUCGCAGAUUCAGAGUGAGAAGAAGUACAAGGAGAGUGGCCAGAAGGACUUGUCCACUUGCCUGUAUGCCCAGCUGCCUGAAACAAGUGAGACACAACUGGCAAGAGAGCUGUCUGAGGUCCAGAGUGAGAAGAAGUACAGACGGGGGGCUGAGGACAGCUAUGCCACCUGCCUCUAUGCACGGAUGCCCAACCCUGGGGACAUUAUGUUUGCUAAAGAAGUGUCUGAAAGGCAGAGUGAGACAAAGUAUAAAGAAGCAGGCAGGCGGGAGACUUCCAAUUGUCUGUAUUCACGCCUGGCUGAGACCCCCGAGACCCAACAUGCCAAGGAGGUGGCACAGGUUCAAAGUGAGAUAAAAUACAAAGAGGCCACUCGGGGACUGUCCAACUGCCUUUAUGCCCAGAUGCCCGAAACCAUUGAGACGGUGUUUGCAAAAGAAGUGGCGCAGAAUCAAAGCGAGAAACGGUACAAGCACAAGUACGAAAUCGAGAAGGGCAAGAGCAGCUACUCGAGCUUGAAGGAGCCGCCAGACGUCAGGCACGCCAUGGACGUCCACAGGCAUCAAAGUGACGUGUCCUACAGAAAAGGGCUGCAGGACCUCCAUAAGCACAGUGACAUCCCCGACAGGCCGGACAUCAAGAAGGCAACCGAGGUGGCCAAACUUAUCAGUGACGUUACAUAUAAGAAGACAAGCAAAAUGGACACAUACAGUGACCAGUCGAUCCUCAGAAGACCCGACAUCGAGCACGUCAAGGGGGUCUCCAAGCUGACCAGCCAGGUGAAGUACAAGGAGAAGUUUGAGAAGGAGCUCAGGGAGCAGAAGCACCGGUUCAACCCCCAGGAGAGCGCCACCUUCAGGCAGGCACAGGCCGCUGCCCUGUGGGCCAGUGAUGUCAAGUACAAGCAGGACCACCGACAGCUCCACGAAGCCACCUCAGAUCUGCCCAACCUGCUCCACCUGGCACACGCCUUACAAGCCAGCAAGCUGCAAAGCACGUACGAGUACAGAAGGCAGUAUGAACGCUCCAAAGGACGCUAUCACUUCACUCCAGACACGGCAGAGCAGCGGCAUCUCAAGGACAACGUGACACUCCAAAGCCAGGUGAAAUACAAAGAGGAUUACGAGAAGUCCAAAGGGAAGUCGAUGUUGGAGUUCACAGACACGCAGGGCUACCAGGUGUCCAAGGAGGCCCAGAAGGUCCAAAGCAAGAAGGAAUACCAGAAGGAAUAUGAAGAGGGGAUUAAGGGCAAGUCGGCCAUGGACUUCGACCUGACGCCAGCCUACCUGCAUGCCAAGCAUGCUGCCAGCCUUCUCAGUGAGAGAGAAUACCGGAAGGACUUGGAGGAGAUCAAAGGGAAGGGCCUGAUGGCGCUGGAGGAGACCCCAGAUUUGAUUCGAGUGAGAAACGCGGCCCACAUUCUGAACGAGAAGGAAUACAAGAAGGACUUCGAGACGGAGAUAAAGGGGAGAGGAAUGGAGGUGAGCGCCGACAUGCCGGACGUCCAGAGGGCCAAGAAGGCAUCCCUGAUGGCCAGUGAGAAAGAAUACAAAAAGGACCUGGAGAAGGAAAUCAAAGGAAAAGGAAUGGAGCUGAGCGGAGACGUCCUGGAGAUGCAGCGGGCGAAGAAAGCCAGCGAGAUCAGCAGCCAGGUGACCUACCGGCAGCUGUCCGAGCUGAGGCACACGUCGUAUGGCACGGUGACAGACACGCCGGAGAUGCUGCACGCUGCCUAUGUGAGGGACAUGCUCAGCCAGAAGAAGUACAAAGACGAGGCGGAUACCAGGAAGCGGUCCUACUGUGCGGUGGUGGACACCCCUGAAAUCGAGCGGGUCAAGAACAGCCAGAAACUGGUCAGCUCAGUGCACUACACGGCUGACUCAAAGCUUCUCAAGGGGGCAGUGUGCUCCGUACCCGAGACCCCCGACAUCCUGCUCGCCAAGGAGAAUUCCCGCCGGAUCAGCAAUGUGCACUACAAGGAAGGAGUUGGCACUGGCACAGCAGUGACGGAGACCCCUGAGAUGGAAAGAGUGAGAAGGAACCAACAGAACUUCAGCAGUGUCAAAUACAAAGAAGACCCCGGACAUGGAACGGCUAUCCCGGACCCCCCUGAGCUGAAGAGAGCCAAGGAGAACCAGAGGAUCGUGAGCGACAUCAAAUAUAAAGAAGACCCCGGACACGGAACGGCAAUCCCGGACCCUCCUGAGUUGAAGAGAGCCAAGGAGAACCAGAGGAUCGUGAGCGACGUGAAAUAUAAGGAGGUGGUGACCCCAGCCACAGCCGUUGGCGUGACCCCUGAAAUGGAGCGGGUGCGGCGGAAUCAGGACAACGUCAGCCUGGUGAAGUACAGCAGUGACCUGAAGGCCAUGAGAGGGAAGCCGUGUGCCGUCACUGAUACGCCAGAACUGAGGCGAGUCCGGAAAUCGCAGAACGACAUCUCCAUGGUCAAGUACCACGAAGACUUUGAGAAGACGCGGGGCAAAGGCUUCACCCAGGUGCCCAAUGAUCCCAGCAUGGAGAUGGCACGCAGGAAUGCCCAGGUGGUCAGUGACGCGGCCUACAAGGGAGUGCACCCUCAUGUGGUGGAGAUGGACAGGAGACCGGGCAUCAUCGUGGACCUUAAAGUGUGGCGCACUGACCCCGGCUCCAUCUUUGACUUUGACCCCCUUGAAGACCAUGUCCAGUCCCGAAGCCUCCAUAAGCUGGCCGAGAAGGCCAGGCGCUCGGGUGGGCAGCUGAGCCGCCCUCUGGGUGCCCUUGAGAUGUGUGGGCACGAUGACCGCUCGGAGGCGUCGGAGAGAAACAACAACAGCGUGUCCUGCUUCAGUGAGAGCACAGCCACCGGAGCCCCGGUGCUCCCAGGAGCUUACCAGCAAGGCGGCCAGAGUCCCGGCUACGGCUACAUGCACCAGACCAGCAUCUCGUCCAUGAAGGCCAUGCAGUCCCCUCCGCAUUCAGCCACUGUGAGAGUCUACCGGGCCAUCUACGACUACGCCGCUCAAGACCACGACGAAGUGUCCUUCAGAGACGGGGACAUCAUCAUCAACGUACAGGUCAUCGAUGACGGCUGGAUGUAUGGCACAGUGCAGAGGACCGGCAAGUCAGGGAUGCUUCCUGCCAACUACGUCGAGACGUUCAACUGAGUAGCCGCCGCCACCUUCGAGCAGCUGACCGUAGAGGAGCCUUAAUGCGCCAGGCACCCCCUCGCUCGCUCGCUCGCUCGCUGUCCUUUCUGGUCUGUCCCACUCACUGCUCCUCCUCGCUUUGUACACAAGAUGGCCAGCAGGGGGCUCCACACACACUCCCCCAUCUGUCACCGUCCCACUUAGUGGGUCUUCAGGCUUCACUCUGCAAUUCCCAGGAAAUUCAUUAGGUAGGGGGUGGAGCUCCAUAAUGCCAAUGGGAUUGGCCAGCCUGGGUAGACACCACUGACUCCAUGACCCCCUCUAGUGCCAGCGGGGCAGAUGAACCAGUCUAAUGUUUUACUGUUGGCACAAUGAAAAGGAAGGACUAAGGCACAGGAAACCUCCAUUAGAGCCCUGCGGUGUCCCCCCCCCCCACCUCCCCACUGGCCCGCACCCAGUAACAAUGACAAUGACCCAGUUAGGCUUGUGAGGCCAUUCUUGUUUAGAACACUAUGUGACAUGAAGGGGGCUGACGAAGAUGAUGAAGAUGAGCCCCAUGUGUGUCCAUUAUCUCGCUUUGAUGAAGGCCAUCACUCUGGCCACUGGCACUGGGUGAUCUUUAUGAUAAGAAUGUCACCUGUCACUAUGACCCUGACCCCUCUUAGUGUCACUGAGGGUGACCUUGCUUGAUUUUUGUCUCUCAACGAUUGGUUAGCUCUUGAUGGGAGAUGCCAGCUUCCAGCCUGCAUGUGAUGGCUUGGCUGAUGGCUUUGGACAAGACUCAAGAAACUGGCACUGUAAAGUGAAAUACCAAGAAAGUGCCACCUGUAACAUCAUUAAACUACACUGAAGCUAGGUGCCCAACAAAUGCCAGGUGCUCACUUGGUGUUGUGUCAUGUGAUCGAUCCCAGCUGAUGCCCCCACUGUGUCAUGUGCCACUGUCACCCUCCUAAUGGUUCACCUCAUUCUGACCCCAAAGUCCACAGAGUGCCCAGAUGAAAUGCGCCAGCCAGUGUAGCCCCUAUAAGACUAUAAGAUGGUGUUGUGUGUGAAAGGCACUAAAAUCAUUGCCUCUAGCGGGCGCUCUGGUGCCAUGAUGGCCAGCGGUGACCUCCUGUCAUCUUCAUUACUUCCUGCCCUCACAUAUGUCAGACACACUAAUGGUCACUAAGGGCCAGUGCCCCGGGCAGUAGGGCACAUUGGCAACUCCUGGCACUCUGCUCACUUUUGGUCACCAAGAGCAGCACACAAGUGGACCCCAUCAUGACGCCUGUGGUCCACGAGCCUCCAUUGAGAUUCUUGUUGCCCACAUGCCAAGUUUAUCGAGAGGAAGAUGACCAGGGUGGGAGGCUGAGGACCCUGCAUGUUGGCCUGCUGAGUUUGGCUUUGCUACCAGCAUUGGCCAGGUGAAAAUUCAAAGUGAUGCCCACUGUUUAUAACGCCGUGUUGUAGGUUGGGUGUUGGAGGUUCGACUUUAGAAUAGGAAAUGAAGGAAGGGGCUUCCCCUGGAGGUUUUGUGAGUUGUUGUGGGAGGGCAGCCUGAGCGAGACUUGUGGAGAAGGUGCCAGGGGGGGUGUCGUGCCACAUGAGCCUCCAAUGAAUUAAAGCCCAUGUCACAUUUAGGUGCCCGCUGUCUGAUGUUUCACAAGGUGCAGAGUAAAUGCCAGGCCAGGUGCCGCUCGCUCGCAGUGCAAUGCUGGCCAGUGGAAGGGAAUGCGCAGCUCUAAUGCCUUAUGUUAUAUAGCGCCUUUCACUGUGAGUAACAUUAUAAGAUGCUUUACCUAAUAAUCAACGCGUGUUUAGUUGGGAGAAACUGUGGCCACCUGAAGUGAAGAGCCCAGGCCUAGAGCGCCAUCUACUGGCCACACCUGACAGCUGCAGGGACACACGGUAGUCUUAAGUGACGCCUUGGGGAUCGAGGAUGUCAACGCCAUGUGGCUGAGUAAGUCAAACAUCGAGGAUGGGGACAGACAUGGCUUUCCACAGGAGCCCCCCAAAGAGAACUGGCCCGCAUUCCAAGGUCACCUGACAGAGCAGCCCCGUCUUCUGACUGAGCCCAUGGAUGGGCGCUGAGACCACGUACACCGCCAAAGUGCCAGGACUGUGAGAGGCGGAGCUCAAGCGGCCUUUUAUAUAGCGCCUUUCAUCCCGAGCACCAUCACGCAGCUGAAAUGAACGACGAGCAACUGGACCAAUCAUAACACCCGAGCCCUCGGCCGUCUCCUGGACUUUCCUACCACGUCCUUCUCAUUCACUGGCACUGAGGCUGAGCGUGUGGGUGGCCUUUGCUUUAACUGGGCACGUCACGUCACCAACCAGGCUUUAGAGGCCCUGCUGUAGAAUUAGGAGUGGGCUCUGGGGGGGGAGCAAGGCAAUGCCAGGUGGGGGGGGUGAGGGUACAGCAGUGCCCUCAUCGCUUCAUGGGUGAGUGACUCGUGACUAUCUCCACUGUCCUGCAUUUCAGAGCCACACCAAUGAGAAUAAAUAAAGAUGUUAGCCAAUCA